CCAGUUACCCCUAACAACGGAUUGUGGAUUAAUAUUCAUCGUGUCUAAACAGAGGGAGAAUGUUAUGUCCUGGAAACUGUUAAGAGAUAAUAAGAAAUAAGAAUUGAAUAUUAGAUUUAAUUUUAGUUGUAUCAGAAGUAACAGUCAAUAUGACAACUGUACGCAGACAGCAAACUAGCAUGCGUGACAGAGAAUUAGAUAAAUCUAGAAGGCAGGAGGAGAUGCGAGAAGAUACAUUACACAGAUUAUCCGAGGAAAAAAUGUUAACAUCAAAUAUGAAUCGUGAAGAAAGAAUAGAUGAUAAGCGUUUCUUAAGGAGACAACAACUGGAACAAAAGGAACGGGAAAUGGAAGAAGCUAUUUUGAAAGCGGAAAGAGACAGAAUUAUAAGAAAUCAACAGUUUGAACAAGAGGAUCGGUUAGCUAAAGAAUUACAACAAUUAAAUCAACAUAAAUUACGAGAUGAAAAAACAAGGCAACAGAUCAGAGAAUCUAGUUUAGAAUUGCGUGAACUUGAAGCAAAGUUAAAAGCAGCGUAUAUGAAUAAAGAACGAUCUGCUCAGUUGGCGGAAAAAGAUGUCUUGAAAUAUGAACAAAUGAAACGUGAUUCAGAAAUUGCUCGUGAAAUGAAGAAACAACAUGAGCGAGCUAGUGCAGAGGAAGAAAAACGAUUAAAGGAACGUUACCAUGAACAAGUACGUUAUCAACAAGAGUUAGAGAGACAACUUGAAGAACAAGAAGUAAAUCGUCAAAAGGCUUAUGAAGAGUUCUUGAAAGAGAAACUGAUGAUAGAUGAAAUAGUUCGAAAGAUUUAUGAAGAGGAUCAAAAAGAAAUGGAAAGACAGAUGCAUAAAAGAAAGGCCACACAACAAUACAUUGAAGAAUUUAAGAAGUCACGUUCAAUGUGGAAAGAUGAAGAGAGACAUAGAAUGGAAGAAGAAAACAGACGAAUUCUGGAGUUUGCUAAUGUUCAAAAAGAAAGAGAACUUGGUGAAAUGCAGGCUAAAAAGACAAAAGAAGAGGCUAUGGAUAGAGUACAAAAACAGUUAUCAGAAAAAAUUGCAGCCAGAGAGAAAGAAAGAGAAGAAAUGGAAAGAGUACAAAUGGAGUUAUAUUUAGAAGAACAAGAAGAAAGAGAAAGAAGAAAAGAAUUGUCGGAAGUCGAAAGAAAGUUCAGACAGAGAAUUGACUUGCAAGAAACACAUGCAAGACAAAUGCAUUUCAAGGCAUUACGAUUACAAGCUGAGAAAGAUGAAGAAGAAAUAUUCCGACAAGUAACGCUGGCCAAGUUUGCAGAGGAUGAUAGAAUAGAACAGAUGAAUGCCCAGAAAAGACGAAUGAAACAAUUAGAGCACAAGCGAUCAGUAGAAGCUUUAAUAGAAGAGAGGAGACGCUCUUAUACACUUGCCAGGGAAAAAGAAAUCGCAGAAGUCAAUGAAGCAUCCAAAAUGGAACAAUUCCGUAGACAAAUUAUUGAAGAAGAAAGACAGCGUUUGUUACGAGAGCAUGCCACAAAAUUGUUGGGAUUCUUGCCAAAGGGUGUUAUUCAAAAUGAGCAAGAUCUGGAAAUGUUGGGUCCAGAAUUCAAGAGUGUAUAUCGACAACAACAAAUUGAUCCAUUUGAUGAUGAAGCAUGGGAAAAUGGUAAUCGAUAAAAUGACACAAACAGUUAAACUUGUGAUAAUAAUACAAUACCAUUGAAAGAAUAUAAUUCCGUCCUGCAAAGGCUUCUUUUUUAAGACCCCCCUUCUUUUAAAAAGUUGCACAAGUAGCUCAAGUGAUGUUACCAUAUGUAACAGUUACAUAUCAAACUUUAAGUUUAAUCUUAAACACUGAUUCUAAAAUUUAUUCUGUCAUUUUCACACACAGAAGAUAUCAAAGGAACUUCUUUUACUAUGAAAUGAAUUACCAAAAUAUAUGGAUGAAAUGUUUCUUGAGUCUUGUUUUUUUUUUAUUGCUACUACCAUUAAUUGGAAUGAACUAUGGGAGGGGACACUAAUGGGCAGGGUUAAUGUGGCUUGCAACUUUAUCAUCUACAUGUACCUUUCAAACUCGCUUUAACAUGGUUGUGUCAGUGGAUCCCAAGAACAGUGUUUUACUUAUAGUGAAGCCGUGAGGUAUGUUAAUGAUGAAAAUAAAAUGUUUUCUUCCUUUGACAACUGAAUUACAUUCCCUAUUUGGAUAUUUUUUAUAUUUUGCUCAGUGUAUCAAAUUUCCAGUCCCUCCUUUACUUUGAUCUGUGAGUGAUUAUUGUUUUUAUAAUAUGUAUGUCUGUAUUAAAAUCUAAUUUAUUUAUGUACAUUAUAUACUGUAGUUUUAUUGAUAUGUACAAAUUGUCCAAUUUCACAAAUAUCUUAUAUCAUUUAAAUAAACACCAUAUAAAAUUAAAAUUUAUUUAAUUUCUUUUU